CCCAGCCACUAGCCCUGUCAGCGAGCGAGCCGGGAUCCGCGCCCCCUGCCCAGCCCGGCUGCGCCCUGCACAGCCCACUCGGGCGGGGAAACGCCGCGCCGCCCGGGGAGACUCAGAGCAGCAGCGGCAGCGGCGGCAGCAGCAGGACCCCUCCUCCCUCCCUGCAUCCCCGGCCCCGCUUCCCUCCCUCCCCGGCUCCUCACACGCCGGGAGCCCCUCUCGCCGCAGCCCGGGCUCGGCUCCAGGGGACGAUGCUCUGGCUCUCCAGCGGCAGGGCUCUGGCUCCGCUGCUCCGCUCCCCCGCGCUCCCCUUCGCCGCCUGGCUCCUGCUCAGCCCCCUUUGGGUCCAGAUGUCUCUGGCUUCCUCCUUCCUGACAGGAUCUGUUGCAAAAUGUGAAAAUGAAGGGGAAGUUCUACAGAUACCAUUUAUCACAGACAAUCCUUGUAUAAUGUGCAUUUGCCUGAAUAAGGAAGUGACAUGCAAACGAGAGAAGUGUCCGGUGCUUUCCAAGGAGUGUUCUCUGGUCAUUAAGCAGAGAGGAGCCUGCUGUGAGCAAUGCAAAGGUUGCACUUUUGAAGGAAACCCCUACAACAGCUCUAUGAAAUGGCAAGUCCCAGCUAAUCCAUGUAUUGCAUAUCAAUGUCAGGAAGGAGUGGUAACUGCAUCUCAGAUUCUGUGUGUUGUUCAUUGCAAAAACCCUUCUGAGCUGCCGGGAAUGUGUUGCCCCACUUGUCCAGGUUGUAUAUUUGAAGGUAGACAUUACCAUGAAGGGAAGGAAUUUCAGCCUGAAGGAAACAAAUGCACCAAGUGUUCUUGUAUUGGAGGCAGAACACACUGCGUACAAGAAGUCUGCCCCAUUCUGUCAUGUCCCCAGCAUCUCAGUCACAUUCCUUCUGGACACUGUUGCCCCAAAUGUUUAGGCCAGAGGAAAGUGUUUGACCUCCCAUUUGGAAGCUGCCUCUUUCACAGUGAUGUUUAUGACAAUGGAUCCUCUUUCGUUUAUGACAACUGCACUAUGUGUACCUGUAGGAAUUCUACAGUGGUAUGUAAGAAGAAGUGCUCACCUCCUGGAGAAUGCAAUAAAAGCAAGGAACACUGCUGCAAGGAGUGUGUCUCAUACAUCUCUCCUGAGGAACUGAAAGUGUGCAAAUUCGGGAAUAAGAUCUUUCGGGAUGGAGAGAUGUGGUCCUCUGUUAACUGCACCAUCUGUGCUUGUGUGAAAGGCAAGACAGAGUGUCGCAAGAAGCAGUGCAUUCCAGUCAACAGCUGCCCUCAUGGCAAGAUCCUGAACAGAAAAGGAUGCUGUCCUAUUUGCACUGAAAAGCCUGGAGUUUGCACUGUAUUUGGAGACCCCCACUACAACACUUUCGAUGGAAGGACAUUUAACUUUCAGGGAACAUGUCAGUACGUUUUGACGAAAGACUGCUCCUCCUCUGCCUCGCCCUUCCAGGUGCUGGUGAAAAACGAUGCCCGUCGGACCCGUUCUUUCUCCUGGACAAAAUCUGUGGAUCUUGUGUUGGGCAGAAACACUAUCAGCCUCCAGCAGCACCUCACAGUGAAAUGGAAUGGGACCCGGAUAUCACUGCCUUGCGAGACUCCUCAGUUUCAGAUUGACUUGGAUGGUUACUUGCUGAAAGUGACAACCAAAGCAGGCUUGGAAAUCUCCUGGGACGGAGACAGCUUUGUCGAAGUCAUGGCUGCACCACAUCUGAAAGGCAAACUCUGUGGCUUGUGUGGCAACUAUAAUGGGCACAAGAGAGAUGACCUGGUAGGAGGUGAUGGGAAUUUUAAGUUUGAUGUGGAUGACUUUGCUGAGUCCUGGCGUGUGGAGUCGAAUGAGUUCUGCAGUCGCCCACAGAAGAAACCUGUGCCUGAACUGUGCCAAGGAACAGUGAGGGUAAAACUUCGGGCCCACCGGGAAUGCCAGAAACUCAAGGCUUGGGAGUUUCAGAAUUGUCACUCAACGGUGGAUUAUACUACAUUCUAUCGGUCCUGUGUAACAGAUAUGUGUGAGUGUCCAGUUCAUAAAAAUUGCUACUGCGAGUCAUUCCUUGCUUAUGCCCGAACCUGUCAGAGAGAAGGGGUGAAAGUCCAAUGGAAACCUGAGCAGCACUGUGCAGCAACCCAGUGUAAACAUGGUGCAGUGUAUGAUACCUGUGGCCCUGGAUGUGUCAAAACAUGUGACAACUGGAAUGAGAUUGGUCCAUGCAAUAAGCCAUGUGUUGCAGGCUGCCACUGUCCAGCAAACUUAGUUCAUCACAAAGGAAGAUGCAUCAAGCCAGUCCUCUGUCCACAACGGUGACAUUAGUUCUAUCUCCGAGGACUAUAAUGUUGGUAUCUUUGAUACCUUUGAAGCUCACAGCCAAUGAAGGACUGCGCUGUUUGUAUGCAGAUUCUGCAUAGUACACACAUACUUAAUGUUUGUGUAUAUAUGUGUGUGUAUGUAUAUUUAUGUGUCUAUAUAUACACACACAGGCACAUAUAUACAUUUAUUUAUAUAUACACACACAAAUGUAUACACAUUUAUUUAUAUAUAAAUGUAUACUGUGUGUGUAAAUACACAUCUGUAAAUCAAAUAUAAAUACAACAUAUAUAUAUCUAUACACACAGAGAAAUAUACAUCAUUUAUGUAAACAAUAGAAGGAUGAAUUAUUUUAUGUAUAUUUUUUGCUAUAAAGUUUAUGUAUUAUUUGUAGGAUCCUAAUCUGUAAGCCAUUUAAGUCAUUGUACAAAUAAAACAGGUGUUUUUAAUACAAUAUAAUGGCAUGAAAACAUUGGAUGACUUUGACAUUGCAUAAACUUGUAGUUUCCCAGGAAAUUUUUCUAGGGCCAUAGCAUUGCCAGACUGGAUUAUCUUCAACGGAGAACCUGGAUUUACAGUUUUACAGGAAACAUGUUUCUUUCGAAGUGGAGGAUUUAUCUAGGAAUAUUUCAUGUGUACCUCAGAGCUGUCUAGUGAUUGGUGACAGUGUUUAAUGGUGCAGAGAAAGCUAGGGAUUGGAUUUUAUGCUUAAUUGAAUCACUGUAUAAAAUGACUUCCAAAACUGGAUUGGCCAACUGCCAAUAAAGAGAGAUUUGGUUUUGGAACAGAACCAAAGAAUCAAUGGCCAGAUUCUCAAAAGUGUUCAACAUGCAGCAGCUCCCAUUGAAAAACUGACCUCUUAUCAUUUAAUAAAUUAAAUAUCCUAUAUGUGUUGUUAUAUUUGGCAUUAACUGGGAAUGAACAGUAAAGAACCAGGAAAAAAAACUUUAGCCCCCUUACCAUGUUUUAAGCGACUGGUUUUGUUUCAUAUAUUCUUAGAAAUAUUAUUGGAUAAACAAAACGUAAAUAUUGUAAAGUAAGAUGCAAUUUGAUUUUUCUGCAGCUUGAUACUUAAAAUAACAUUGGCUCCCUUUCUUAGUAAUGCAUUUCAUUGGUCAGCAGGUUUAGAACCCAAAGGCAAAUUCUCCCAAAGAACAGUGUAGAAAAUGUUAAACGAUAAAUGCCGGCAGCUCACCAAUUUCAUCUAUCUUCAUGAACUAAGGGUAUGUAUUCACUAUCAGCAGGAUUUGCGGGGAGCGAUUGAUACAGCGGGGAUCGAUUUAUCGCAUCUAGUCUAGACAAGUGGGGAUUGAUUUAUCGCGUCUAGACUAGACGUGAUAA